AUGGACAGUUGCUGGAGGAGUCCCGGUGUUAGAGAAGCAGAGGUCGUCGCUGCAUGGACAGUUGCUGGAGGAGCCCCGGUGUUACGUGUGGUGACAGGAGGUUUGGUUGUAGCAGGAGUCGCCUUAGUUGAUGGGACUGUACCAGCAGUUAUUGGUUGUGCAACAUUGCACACUUCUAUUGAUUUGGUUCCAUCUGGAAAAUAG